AAAGCAUGUGCAACCAUGACCUAGCCUUUGUCACUAUGGACUGGACAAUGUCAUUGUGGCUUCUUGGACUUGCCUGGACGGUAUCUAAGCUGUCUGCACUCCGUUGGCCAUUAUUUUUCUCUUGCUACCUAGAAAGAUCCUUAGCAACAUGCAAACUGCAGCACUCACUCCAAACAAUGCACCACCCGCCGCGGCUCAGUCCACGGAAGCGCUUGGCUUGCCAAAUAACACACCCUUCAGCGUCAUAAAUCGGGCUAGCAAACUCCAG